CCGUGCUCAGUCGGUUUUAGUCGUCUUCUAUGGGAGGAUGUUGGCCGGUAGUUUACCUGUGACGAAACGUCAAGCGGGAUUUUCUUAACUUUUCCCAUCGACUCCUCGUGUCAGAAAUAUUAAUUGUUAUGAGACGAUAAGAGAUCAGUCUUAUCUAUCGUGUUCAAAAGUUCGACGUUGCGUAUAAACGUGAUAGUCCUUUGUUGAUUGCGAUUGUUUACGUGGUAGGAGUCAGUGCACGGACUAAAAACAUAGAGGGCCCCUUUGGAGAACCACGAUUGUGCAACGUUCACACGUGCUUUCUCACGUACGAUCGUCAAUCGAUUUAAUCACCCGUUUGUGAGCAAGACUGAGGAACGAAGCUAGUGAAAAAUGAAAACUGCAUCGUUACUUGCUCUUGUUGUCUGUCUGCAAUAUCACGUCACUGGUUCCUUGGCUGUUCCAGCAAGAACGACCGGGCAGGUUCUCCUUGGACAAGUAGACAUUGACGUUCAAGAGGACGCCGGAAAUGAAUUAACGACGGAAGAAUCGUUCCCGAAAAAAUGCAUCAUCGAUGACAAUACAUAUUCUCAUGGCCAGACGAUACCAUCGUACGACCCGAACUCUCAUUGUCUGUGCGUCGCCGGUGAAGUAUAUUGUUGGUGGCAGAAUUACAAUCCGAACACCGAUCCUUCCGCCGGCCCCUCGUUCCUCCCAUCGACGACGAUAGAAAGUAAUUACACGCCGUCGCUGGAGGGAAGCACGGAUGCCGUCGACAGUUUGGAAGCUUCCGGUGAUCCGGCGGAGGAGCCUUCUGUCGAGCAACAGGGAUACGCGGAGAUUAACGCGACCUACUCGACUACCUUGCAGCCAGUACCAACUACGUGUCUCGUGAUGGGAAGGGAAUACCGUGAGGGCGAGGUACUUCCGCAUUCGACCGGAAACUGCAUUGAAUGCAGCUGCGGAUCCGAGGGCCGUGUCGAGUGUUCGCCACGGGACUGCGUGGCCCUUCGACCCGAGAUACCAGUUGCACCAGAUAUACCGGACGCACCAGAUGGCGAUUUCGAAGUUUUCAAUCUUGCCAGGGAUCGGGGAAUCGACGAGAGCUUCUAAAAAAUCCGAUAAUAACGAUUGUCGCCUGCUCCAUGAGAUCUUCGAACGCGUGACUCGUGAGAGACUCGACUUUCGUGUAAUCGCGGUCUUCGACGAGUUUCGCCUUUACCUAUUAAGCUUUUCUUUUCUAUUCGGAAUUUGUUGAUCGAUAUGAAUUAUACGUGAAAGUCAAACAAUGUUAAUCAUUACGUUAACGUUAAAAUGAAUUAUUUAUAUUUGUGUGGUUUUUCUGAUUUUGAAAAUGGCGAAUGAAGAGUUAGUAUUGUAUACAUACGUGAAUCAUAGUUUAAUUUUCGUAAAAGUGGGUCAGAAUUCUAAGAGAAAUAAUGAAUUCCUUAAAUAAGUAAUUAUCUUAUCUGUAAUAUUAUCUUUUUAUAGUACCGAAACUAUAGUGGAUUAAUCACGCUUAAAAAGUAAAAUUAUAACUGUCGUAUUCUUAUUUCUCGCAAAGGUGUACGAAAAAGCUUGUUUCGUUCAAAUGGCAAAGCAUGCUCCAAACUUUCGAGCAGGAGUAUACGAAUGUGUUUUGUAGCAUGUAAAAUUUAUUGAUGAUUUAUGAAUAAUUUGUAACGAUAUGAUUGCAACAAUUGGGAAUAUAGCGAAAAAUAAGAUUGGUUAUUUUGUACUACGAUUCAUACUAAUUCCAUUUGAAAAUUAAUUUAAAAUAGAUAAAACCUUAAAUAUUAGAUUUUAUUAAAAAUUUAUUCUACUAGAAAUAUAACGAUACAUUAAUGAUAGGAAGUAUUAAAAGUGAUACUAGUAGUUAUACGGUUCAUUUAUGUUAUUUAUAAUAUAAUUUAGUAGUAAUAAUUGUAGAAAUAAUUUUUUUAUAAACUUUGAGGAACAUAUUGGUAUACAUGUUAACCGUAAAUAAUUAAUGUAUUGUAGAGUGAAAAUUGAAUGCAAUUUCUCGCACGAUUAUUUUCGUAUCGAUCAACAAUAUGUUGAUACAUAUCUGUACGAUCAUUGCGUUUUAAAUACCAGUUUACGCAAGUAAUCGAACGUUUAACGAUCCUCCAACCGUAUGGAAUGAUUUUCUUAUUAAAAAUAUUUAUCUAUGGGUCGAGAUCCAGAUUUUUAACAAACGGAAAGAAUUAUCAAAGUAUUUUUUACGCAUCUCACAACAUAUUAAAAGUCACAUGAUUUUAACGAGAAAAAUAUUCUCGACCGGGAAGUGAUUACACGGUUGAAGGAUCUGUAAGUACUAAUUAGUUUAAUUUAUAUACCUUCUUAUCCGUGUUCUCUCAAGCCUUAAGCUUUUCUCCUUUUGUUUGAAACGCGAUUCCGGUUGAAAGAGUUCUACGAAAGAGAAAAAGAAAACUCUGAAAAAUCGAUUACCGAUAAUGAAACAAAAGGAACCUUAACUACUUUCUUUUCACAUACCUGAAUAAUUAAACGAGACAGGAAUUAGAUAUAUAUAAUUAUGUAUGAGAAAAGUAAAGAAUACUUAACUUCAAAGAAAAAUAUAUUAUUGAAAAUUACAACGAUGAUUAAAGAGAGAGCAAGGUUCAAUUUCAACGUCGUCGAGUUAUCGUCGUAAUGAUCAGUAGCUUGAAUCGACCCAGGCCAAGCCAAAUAAUAUAUUUAUGUUCAAUUUAGUGAUUUAAUGAGAUCGAUAGACAGCUUUAAGCCAGGACGUUAUUCCAACAUUUACGAGCCAACUGUAAUUUAUUACCCCCAGGACUUCUAAACGUUUCACUAGCGUGGGCCUAAUUUAUCAAACGAUAGAUCUUAGAAACGAUCCAUCUAAAUACCAAUUAUCCAAAUAAUCGUAGUGCGUUUGCAAAUUGCAUUUCUUUAUCAGGAUUAAUAUUGUUACCAUUUUUACCAUCCACUACAACUUACUAUUACCUAAGAAACGUUAACGAAUCUUGAGAAAAUGUUCCUCACGCAAGAACCUCCAGCGCCACGAAAGUACCAAACGAUAGAUUAAUAGCGAUUAAGUACUCGUUCCUUAAGAGAACUCACAUUCCUGAUACUUCCUUUUUAUUUCUAACAUUUGAAUUCUUCGAAUAACUUAAACUAGUCCCAGAAGAAAAACUCCGUUUUGAACAAAAUGCUCCGUUUAUUCAUCUUGCGUUUCAUAAUCCUCUUUCAUCGAUGGAAAAAGUGGAGAUUUGCGCACCAGGAUAGAUCCUCGAGCGGUACAAUUUUUCUAUAAGACGACCUACCGACGAUCUAUCCUUAUACCGACGAAUCGUCGCCACGAUCGUCACUAAGUAUCGUGAUUAAGUGAGAACUCUCGGCCAAUUUGGCCACACAUUUUCUAUAUAGACACCCGUAGAUGUUAGAACGCAAGUUUGAACGAUAGGUCCCGCGCGCUUCAAUUCUCUAAAUGAGGGAUCGUUGUAGUUCUCUCGUCUGUUGUACGGUAUUUUGUACGCGUUACGAGAAUGGAAGCGAUUACUUCCCACCAUGUUAACGAUAAACAAAACUAUAUAAUUCUGUAGACGUCGGCCUACAACGUACGAAUUAAUAAGUCGGGUAUGAGAAAACCGGCCUGUUCGGUCUCGGGAUCGAGUACCCGUUUUAAGAGAAGAAGCGUUACAGAGCUUGGAUAGUUCUGGAUCUUCGUCAUAAGAUCGUAAAUGAUACUCGUGUCAUUCAUAUCUUUCGUCAUAUUCUAGUCGAGACGUAGCCAUAUCCUGUUCACGGUCGGUACGUUCGGCCUUGUAGCUUGGAUCGUAGGGACGGCAAUGCCCUGCUACUCCUACUACGAAGAAAGCACGACCUGUACGAGACGUUGAGAAAGCUUAUUGAACAAACUCGAUUGGCUUGUGGCUCGCAAGCCGGCAAUCUGGUGAAACGAUCUUUGCACGAGCUGAUCUAUCUAGCCUCUACUGUGUAUAAAAUAUUGUUCCAGUUGUGCUUUUUGCUUCUGUUUCGGUGAUAUUGGAAAUUGGAUAUCGGCGAGAAAUCACAUUCCGUGUUUGUUUAGCAAGGUGAACAAUUUCAAAUCGCUAAUAAAAAUCUGAAAUCGAAGAACUUAUUAAAGAUCUCGAUAAUACUUGAUUGUAAAAUUUGGUUUUUUGCUUGUUUUAUCGUAGAUCUGAAUUAAUGAAAAAGACAUUCUUUUUUAUUGAAUAAAUUUGAAUAAUUUUAGAAAUUUCUUGAAAUUAAAUUCAUUACUCAUUUAUGUUUACAACCUAUAAGAAUAUUUAUUCUAUUAAACAAGCGAAUAUUUUUUGUUUUACAAAAAUAUUUUAUACAUUUCACACAGUUCUAUUGCAAAACGAAUAACGACUUUUAUUUUAAUUAAGAAAUAAUUUUCUAUCAAUUUACUGGCAGAAAUAAUCAUAAAUAUAUAUAAAUAAUCGUAACAGUCGAAACUGAAAAAUUAUUAAUUUUAUUAUAAAAUUAUUUAAUUUUAUACGUAUUCGAAACAUAUGCUCAAUUAAUAUUAAAUUUUAAUUCAUGGGGCAAAAAUGCAAAGUUCGUGUCAAUCAGAUCGAACAUCUCGUACAUUUGCAUCAUAUCAUGAAUGAAUAAACUAUCAGCGAGAAAAUACCAGAGUUUUAAGACGAAUCGAUUAGCAUAGUAAACGAUUUAAUGUAAGAAUUAACUAACGAAUGUCUAAAUAACAGAAGCAUAGAAUGGGAGUGAGUUCUCGAGGAUAGCUGACAUUCCUAAUCUCACGUGCAGAUUAAUCACUUACGAUACGUAUAUUAGUAAAACCACGUUGUAAGGUGAAGAAAGAAGAUUUUUCGUAGAACGAUGUUUCUGCUACAUAUGGAGCGAUAAAAAAAAUAUUUAAUAAAAAUCGGUAGCGUAAUUCGCCGGUUGAAUUUAGUAUUAAAUAGCCUCCUAAUCUAUAUAUAUAUACAUAUAUACAUAUAUGUAUUCCUUUUAAUGACAGAGACAAAAUGGAAUUCUGUGUUGUAUGGAUCAACAUGCACAAUUAAUUGAUUUAAUACAUACAUAUAAAUAUUAUAUAUUCAUAUAUAUAUAUAUUAUAUAUACAUGUACACGUACUUAUGCAUACACGAGGAACCAAAUAUCAAGAGAUAAUUAUUGUACGUAACUAUGCAUAUAAUAUAUGUAUACAUAUAAAUUAUACAUAUAUAGGAGUAGGAUACCCAAGCGUUUUCAAUUGCUGUGCACCUUUUGUAGAUAUAAAUUCGUCUCUUCGUUUCACAGUACGUUUUCUUCUGUGUAAUUCCGGUGUUUCAGUAGUCCAGUCACAAUCAAAUUACAAUAGAGUUAUUUUGAGAAAAAAAUAAUUCCGCAUUCUGCUAAUAUAAAUGUAAUAUUGGGAGAUAGAUGGACCACCUGUUUCGAAUGCUUCUCGUUUAUUCUUUUGGAAAGUUGAUAGUAUGUAUACAUUUUUGCUGUGAUUAUAUUAUACGUGUACGUUAUUUUUAAUUAUAUGUAAUAGAGAUUCAGAUUGGAAACUAUGGUAAGAAGAAUAUUGUAGAGCAAAAAAAUAAAAGAAUAUCGUGUCAUCCAAAAAUUAUUUGCAACUCGUUGAAAGAUGAAUUCUCUAUAAUUAAUAUGUAUAUGUAUGUACAUUAGUCAUAAGUUCAAUAUUAUUUCAUUUCUAUUACAAACUUUAGUAGAUUUCUUCCAUGUUACUAUUAUAAAUUUUACUUGAUGAAUUGUAAGCAAUAAUGGUGGCAAUCAUGUGUACUAUAUACGUUUGGCAAUGAAAGGAAUAAAAUGAAUAGAGGCAAGGAAAUAAUUAUCAGGAUAAACAUAUCAUAUAAUAAUAUUAUCCUAAAACCUAAAAAAUGAUCCAUCUAUCUUCAAGCAUGUUGUCACAGAUACGUUUGAUUAUACAGAGAAUCUAUCUCAGCGUACAAAUAGUUAACGAUCUUACGGUAGCACCGAUUAUCAUGCAGAAUCAAAUAGGAAAAGCAAAGGGUUGUAAUUAGACUUUUACGAUGACUAGUUAAUUGUUCAUAGUUAGUCGCAUAGUUAGGUAGAGAUCCAAUGUGAUACAUACAUUCAAAAGGUAACUUUGUCUAAAAGUUUUACUAUACAUAUAGGAAGAAGAUACGACAUCUUAUCGCAAGAUUUGCCGUAAACUUCUACGAGCGUUCGUUCAAUUAGAUGUACCUAAACCAUAGAAAAUCAAGCAACGUUCCGAACGUUAUCGUCGGGUUCGCUUUUUGCAAUGAUUCGAGUUUAUUGUCAUACACAUUAAUGGCAUUUUCGUUGACGAACCAGCGUAAUCGCAUCAUCAUAACACGGCCUGUACUGAUAUUACCUUUAACGAUAAUCGAAAUAGAAAACAGGAUGAUCUCGAAUGUUUUGUGACCACUGUGGAAUAACGAAUCGAGACUACUAUUUUUUAACUGCGCCACUUUUCGAGGGAAUCGUGAACAAUUUGUGUAUUAUCGUUCUAGAACAAUCUAUCCCCUGGAAAUUCAAACAUGAGAUUGCAUUAAAGAGAAAACAAAAAAAAUGGAAAACGAAUGGGAAAAGUAAGUAGGAUCAUCACGAGAUCACGCGGGACCAUCAUGGCAGUUCGUUUUUCUCGUACGUCUUCCAAUCAUUCCAUAAACCGUUGUGUCUGUCUUGUAUCCGUGGGAUCGCCUGUCUUCUUAAAAACGGUUGUACGCUAAAUAAAGGAAGAUCUUACGGUA